AUGAGAUCAUUCAAAAGAGAUGUGAACUACUUGACCAAUAGGCUGAAGGGAUUGACUAAUGUUGUUUGCAAUUUGAUGGGCUCCAGGCAAACCUCAUUCAUACAUUCGGACGUUAUAUACGACUGUAUGGCACAGUCUUUGCAGGACUGCAAUAAUAAUAAUAAUAACAACAACAACAAUAAUAAUACGAAUAAUAAGAAUUAUAAUAAGAACAAUAAUAAUAAUAAAAUCAGCAACAGUAAUAAUAAUAAUAAAGCCAAGAUUGAAGAUGCUAAUGGCAAUGUUUAUUUGAUAUAUAUCUUAAGAACUGAGAUAUACACUUGCAUGAAGCACUGCCUCCUGUAUGAUAUCCUACCGUCGUCUUUAACGACCUUGAAACUAAUCGUGGAAGCGGCCAUCUUGGACUUUACCCCUUCCAAAUCUGCCCUCAAUUACGUCAACAAUCAUCUCUGCGCUGCUGGUUCUGGCAUGUCUAGCUCUAACAAGCAACUAUUAACAACUCUUAGCAACAACUUGCCGAAUUCUAAAAAGCGAAAGAAGCAUGGAAGAGUAACGGAACUAGUGGAAAUCCCGGAAGUACCUAUAAAUGGCAAUGACGUGACGCCGACCAAUGAGCAGUCAGUAAUGUGUAUUACAGCCCUAGAAGCCCUGCAGUUACUAAUGACCUCUGACCUCACCUCAGUGGUGAUGAUGACCUCUAGUGAGAGUUCAUCAUCUUCAUGUAAGAGUAGGAGUUUAGAAAGGCUGCUGAUUCCAGUUUGGAGGUCGGCUAUAACAAUAAUUACACAGAUACAACAAUAUCAGCAGCAUCACCUCUAUCACAUCAACAACAACAACAGCAAGAGGCUGACAACGAUUUUGGAAAUUCCCAGUUUCAAAUUGUCCAUUUAUAGGCUGCUGUCCGCCAUGAUGACCAAAGAUAUUUUUAGAUACUCGCAUUUGUUCUUAAAUGCGCGGGAAGUGGAAGAUGAUUUACCUCACAGUGCUGUGAAAAUUUCCAAGAGAAAUCUAAAUCCCGUGGAAGCUACUGCUACUACUACAACUACAGCUACAACUACUACUGCUACAACUACUACAGCUGCUACUACUGCUAGUAGUAAUAAUAAUAAUAUCGAUAAUAAUAAUAAUAGGAAUAGUAAUAAUAUCAUGGAAGCAUCGUUUUACGUUAUUGACGAGCUAGUAUGCAACAAUGAUGGUAAUAAGGACGAAUGCUUCGACGUUAACGACUGUGGCCAUAACAGUGGCGACAACAUUAUCAGUGGCGAUGAUUAUGGCGCCGAAAUUGAUGGUGGUGAUGAUAAUAAUAAUAACAAUAAUAAUAAUGAUAAUAAUACAAUUGGUGGUGACGAUGAUGAUAAAGGUCUUGUCGAAGAAAGUAAAAAUAAUAAUGAUGAUGAUGGUGAUAAUAUUAAUAAUGACGUCACUGAUGGUGGUGAUGAUGACGGUAGGAAUAUGGUAUUGCCUGAUUGUGAUGAUAAUAAUGGUAAUGAUAAUAAUAAUGAUAAUGAUGAUAAUAAGAAAGUUGCUGAAAUGGCCGAGACGGAUAGCUCACAUUUGUCCCUCGAACUGAUGUUGGUUUUGGAUUCAUUUCACGACGUAGACGCUGAGGCAGCCGAUAAAGAAUCAUUCAACCAAUCAUUAAAUUAA